UGAGAAACAAGUUAAGUCAACCACAGCAUAUAGGUAUGUGUACUGCAGUUUACAGUUAGUAACAGGUGAUGUGACGUUCACACGUCUAUUGUUUUAUUUCAGCGUCUCCAUUUCUCCACCACGUCGUCAGCAGAUCUGUCAAGUUCUGUGUUCUCUUCCCUCCCUCCUUCCUGUUCAGGGGUCAUGGCUCCUGAUUGUUUAAUCUCAUCACAGGGGAUUGGUGACAUCAGGUCCAAUCCUGUGCCGACCUCUCCCCAAAGCGCGUAGCCGGGAUCAGCUGGGAUGAAGAGCAGUGGGACAGCACGGAUCAGUCAGUGUGAAGACGCGACCGAACAAGAAGAAGGCAAACUGUCGAUGAGCUCCUAGGAGCCAAAACAUUUCUCUGAUUGUUGGGGAUCCCACCAUUCAACAGCCAGGAUGGCUCGGGAUAUGUCAGAUAAGGACAUCUUGAAAAUGGAGCUGGAACAGUUGAAAAAGGAAGUGAACACACCCAGAACACCAGUGGCUGCAAACUGUGCAGAAACGGUUUCUAUGGUUGAGGGACUGUUACCAAAUGAUCCGCUGAUUAAGGGCGUUCCAGAUGACAAGAACCCCUACAAGGGAGACAAGGGAGGCUGUAUAGUGACAUAGCACACAGACAUCCAAGGAAAAGUCACAAUGUUUUUUAUGAGAGCUGGUUACGUUGCUAUGUUUCCAUAGAAUUCUUGUGGAUAAAAUGUACAGUAGUAAGAAAACUAAGAUCUGUAAUGGUAUUGCUACCAGGAGAGAGACUCUUUUCCAUCACUGGAUUACCGAAUGUACCUGUUGAUAUCAAAAUGUUUCAUUGUCAAUUUGUAAUUAAAUGCAAAUAGCUGUAUAAAGCUUUGACCUGA